UUGCAUUUGAGGAGCGUGCUUUCAACCGCAGGGGGCAUCGAGCUGAUGAUAGGGAUGUUUCCAUCAUGGCGGCAUCCAUUUCAGGUUAUACUUUUAGUUCUGUGUGCUAUCACAGCGCCAAUAGCAACUCAGAUCAUGAGGGCUUCCUAUUAGGAGAUGUAAGGCAAGAAGAGACUGUCAGCAUCAGUGACACACAGAUCAGCAGUGCAGAAUUGCUCCAGGUAGUAGAAAUCCAUAACCAUGAUCCUUGUGCACAGUUAUUUAGCUUUUAUGACUACGCAGGGAAACUCAAUGAAGAAAAUCUCAACAGCAUUCUUAAAGACAGGCGGAAAAACGUCAUUGGUUGGUAUCGGUUCCGGAGAAACACGCAGCAGCAGAUGUCGUUCAGGGAACAGAUCAUCCACAAACAGCUGACUCAGCUGCUUGGUGUUCCCGACCUUGUUUUCCUCCUUUUCAGCUUUAUCUCAACCGCCAACAGCUCCACGCACGCACUGGAGUAUGUGCUCUUUAGACCUAACCGCAGUAGGUUCAACCAGAGGAUCACUCUUACAAUCCCAAACCUUGGCAACACAAGCCAGCAGGAAUACAAAGUCUCCUCAGUGCCCAACACCUCACUCAACUACACCCAGGUCAUCAAAGAGCAUGGAGCUGAAUUCUUUGACAAAGAUGGUGUGAUGAAGGAUAUCCGAACAAUAUUCCAAGUCUACAGUGCACUACAAGAUAAAGUGCAGGCUGUGUGUGGGGAGGUAGAACAAAGUGAACGUGUGAGGGAGAAAAUUCAAGAGGACGUGAACAAACUCAAACAGCAAAUUGCUCUCAGGAAACACAAGACGGCACAAGAGGAGAGAAGGCUGUGUGAGGCCCAAAAUGUAGACUCCCGUCCCACCCCAGAGGAGAACACAGAACCUUCUGAGACUUCCCCUCUUUCCAGGAUAACCUUCCACACACCCUCUGCUCCGGAGCGGCCCAGUACCUCGCCUAACCCACCAUCUUAUUCUGACCUCUUGUCCCAGGAUGACUCUCUGCUCUCCUCUUCUUCUCCACCCACCAGUGCUGCUCUACUGCCCCGGCCCCAAGCUGUGGGCUCUCCAGGACACCCUACCCCUGGCCCACUGGGGAUGGGCCCUGGGUUAGGGCUGGGCCUGGGCCUUGGUGCCAGCUCUAAUCCUGUUACCACUCCCAGCACCCCAUACCUUGGCAAUGGUGACGGAUCAAGCUCUGACUCGUUGGACAGACAAGCUGCAGGGCAAGAAGAUGACGAAGACGAUGAGGAUGAUGACGAAGAUGAGGACAGUAGCGAAUAUGAGAACUUAGUGAGUGAAGCCGGUCAUCCGUCAAUGGUCUCUGGCAGCAUUUUAGCACAAGGCCGACCAGCUACCCUCAGUCCGGAUGGGGAUGCUCGUGGAUCUCAGACAACAUAGAAACAUGCCAUAGGGUGUGUAUGGGACACAAAUAAGUAAUGCACCUUAAGAGGUGGGCAUCUCAAGCAAUCAAAGAUAGACAAAUAUAUACAAAAGAAGUGCCAGUCCUGAAAGUGAAAGGCAUGCACAUGUUUGUUGUCUUAGUCUGAUCUCCAUUUUAAGGGGAAACUUUGCUGGGCUUUGCAGGCUUAACAUGUGUGUCUCACUGGGGGUAAAGAAAGGGAUUUCAUUUUUCUUUCUGGAAUGGGGUCCAUCUGUGUACUUCAGUGUGGAUGUUUCAGCUCCCUUAAAGACAGGCCCUCCGUCACGCUUAAUAUAUAUUUUUGUUUCACAUUUGCACCACCAACUCUGAGCACCCAAUCUUGCACUAUUGUUUUGCCUUCUUUUAAACAAACCAUCUAAGAAAAGCAAUGGGAGAAUAGUUUGCGGCCUUUGAACAUUUUUUUAAGAAGAAGUAGGCAAAUGGUUAAGUUUUUAUUUUUUAAUUU